AUGUCACGUGUGACGCCAUGGGCUUCCCGCGCUCGGCUCCUCGCCAAGCUUCGCCCUUACGCCGUGGCAGGGGCAGAAGAGGCCGGCCGAGCGCCCCUGGCGCUGCUCCCCGAGGUCUGCGGCCACGUUCGAGGAUUCGGCCCUGCGGACCUGCGCCUGCUCUUGGCGGCGUAUGCCGGCCACGGUCAGGCGCUGCAGCUGAGGCAAAGCCAGAGCCCCGCAACAGCAAGCAAGGACGUGCCGGAAGCUACAGUGACGCUGCAGGACCUCGUCUUGCAGCUGCUGGUGGGCGGCUCGCGGCUCGGCACUCCGCAGCAGCUUCUGGAGACGGGGGAGGUGGUCUCCAUCCACGCGCCAUGCAGCUCUCAGCUAGCGGGCGAGUUCUGGGUGGUCUUCGCCGAGCGCGUCACGCGCCUGGCCGGCGGAGAGGGGCUGGAGGGCCGGCAGAUGGCCUGGGUCUUUGCCACCUGUGCACGCUGGACCCGACGAUGCUUCGCAAUCGAAUCGCCGAGCUGGGGUCACAUGAUUCGAACGCUGGGUGGCAGACUGGCCGAGCCGGAGAACUUGGACAAGCUUGAGCUGUCAGAGGUGGUGGCUUUGGCCAAGGAUGCGGCGCACCUCGGAGAGCCCCAGUUGAGGCUCGCAGCUGCCAUCGGCCACCGGGUCGGCAUGCCGGGGAGCGGUGGCGCCAAAGACGGCGGAAUGCACGACUUGAGCCCCCAAGAUCUCAUCGACCUCAUCGGCGCAGCGGGGUCGCUGGGCGGCCGGCUUCACAUGAUGACCCGAGCACUGUCGAACCAGCUGGAGCCUAGCUUGCCGGAGCUUCCCACGUCUUCAUUGGUCCAACUCUGCUCGCACCUGGGGGCCUUGAACAUGUUCCCGCAGCGGCUGGCCGCCGCCCUGGAGGAGGCUCUGGCUGUGCGGCUGCGUUGCGAGCCGCUUCAGGCCCCUGCUGCACUGAAGCUCCUUCGUGCUUUCGGCCGGCUACGAUGGCGUUCCCCAGGGGUGCUGAGACCAGUGCUGGCGUGCUUGAGGAAGCCAUGCUCCUUGGACACCCUGGGGGGUGCCUCCCUGGGAAGCGUGCUCUAUGAGCUGUACAGGCUGGACAUCUGGGACGAGGAAGCCACCAAUGCGGUUUGCCACAGGCUUCGUGGACCCCCCGUGGAAUGCGAGAGAGAUGGCGCGCUGAAGACGGCUGGCCAGUUCAUGGCCACAGCGCUUCCUUGCAAGACGGCGGCCAACCUCCUCCUAGCCAUGAGCUACUUCUCCGUGGCAGACAAGGAACUGCACCGACGCCUGGUUCAGGAGCUGCUUCGCGCAAAGGACCUGCCCCAGGAGGCCAUGUACCAGGUCAAAACCUUCGAGAUGGCAAUUCGCCUGGGUCACGCAGCGGUGACCCUGCAGGACCUCGGCGGCCUCGCCGCGCGCUGGCUGUUCAGCGUGCGCGGCGCGGCCGGCGCGCCCGAGCUGCGGGGAGAGUCCGCCUUCGCGGAUGAGGUUUCUCAGGUGGCGAGGAACAUCUCCUGGCAUCACCGGACGGAGGUGGAAGUGGGCCCGUAUAUGCUGGACUUCGCGGCAGUGAGCGGUGAUGGCCACGACGAGGAGAACCCGCCUGAUGGCUGGGACGAGAACAAACCAGGGCGCUCGCUGGCACGGUACUGCGUGGCAGUUGAGGCGGAUGGCCCGUCACACUUCUACAGGCCUCAUGGAAGACCGUGGCACUGGACGUCCACGUCUAAACUUCGACACCGCCUGCUGUCAGCCAUGAGAAUCCGGGUUGCCCACGUGCCUUUCUAUGACUGGCUGCAGCUUGAAGGACUCGCGCAGAAAGAGGCCUAUUUGACGGAGCUUCUCCUGAAAGUACACAGCAGCCCCUUCCCCUCGCUGAAGCUGGAAACCCCAAAAGGUGCAGCAGAUGCCGAGGCUGAGCAGCCCGAUGCGAUUGGGUCUGGGAGGCCCAGAGGCAGCUACAUGCAGCGGAAGGUCGCGACGAGAUCACGGGCUCUUCAGCCACGGCCCGGCUAA